AUGUCAGGGCUCGCCGCGUCGGCGUCCGCAGCUCCGUCGCUGUCCUCCUGGUCCUCGUUGGCGACCUCGCGCUUCACCCCGGUUGCAGGACCUGCUCCAAGUUUCAGAACGCAAGCUUGUGGAUUGAGGUGCUGGAUUGUUGCAAAGCUGAAACUCCAGAAGGCAUUGAAAAGGCAUCAUGGAUGUCAACUUCAAAGAAAUCUAGAUGCUCGAGGUCGAGGGAAUGAUAAAGUUCCAGAUUACUUGGGGGCUGCAUCUCUGACUGAAAAGAGAAGUCAUUGGAACAUGCAUCUUGCUUAUGAUUCUGGAGGUGAAAUGGCCAAUACAAGCUCUGAUACUUUGGAUAGUUCAGCUGAUCAGGAAAAAUCAGUGCCUCAGGGACACAUCCCCUCUGAAAUCAGUUCUCCUGUUCAGAAAGAAGAGUCUGCUGUGCCCAGAAGACACUCCAACAAUGAACCAUCUCUUUGCAUUGCUGUAAUUGGAGCUACCGGCGAGCUGGCAAGAACUAAAGUUUUUCCAGCACUAUUUGCUCUGUAUUACAGUGGUUUUCUUCCUCGGAAUGUUGGUAUAUUUGGGUAUUCUAGGAAGAAAUUAACAGAUGAGGGCUUAAGAUCUAUAAUUGAAGCCAAUUUGACCUGCCGGGUGGAUCACCAUGAAAAUUGUGAUGACAAGUUAAGUGAGUUCCUCAAGAGGACGUAUUAUGUAGAUGCUGGACAUGACAACAAAGAAGGGAUGGUUAGAUUAAAUUCUAGGAUGGCACAGAUAGAGGGCAUUGGUGCUGCAAACAGAAUAUUCUACCUUGCUGUUCCACAAGAGGCACUCCUUGAUGUAGCAUUGCCACUGGCUGACGGUGCCCAAACUAAGCAAGGCUGGAAUAGAAUAAUUAUCGAGAAACCAUUUGGCUUUACUGGUUUGUUCUCACAGCGGGUAACACAAUCUAUGCUGUCAAGAUUUGAGGAGAAGCAAAUUUACAGAAUUGACCACCUUCUGGGGAAGGAUCUGAUCGAAAAUCUUACUGUCUUGAGAUUUUCUAAUUUGGUGUUUGAACCUUUGUGGAGUCGAACUUACAUACGGAAUGUGCAGGUCGUUUUUUCUGAAGAAACAUCAAAUGAAAUACAAGGGAGGUACUUUGGAAAUUAUGGGAUAAUCCGUGACAUAGUUCACAGUCACAUUCUUCAAACAAUAGCUCUAUUUGCUAUGGAACCACCUGUAAGUCUUGAUGGAGAAGAUAUCCGAGAUGAAAAGGUGAAGGUUCUCAGAUCAAUUCGGAAAGUGGACCUUGAGGAUGUUGUUCUUGGUCAACUUAAAGAUACGUCUGGUAAAGUUGACAGAUACACAAAAUCCGUGACACCAACCUAUUUUGCCGCUGCUAUGUACAUUGACAAUGCACGCUGGGAUGGGGUGCCAUUUUUUAUCAGGACAGGCAUGGGGCUUAUGACGAAUAGAGCUGAAAUUCGAAUUCAGUUUCGCCAUGUCCCUGGUAAUAUCUACCGUGAACGUUUUGGCCAUGACAUAGAUCUUGACACAAACGAGCUGGUCCUACGCGAUCAACCUGAAGAAGCAAUCCUGUUGAAAGUCAACAACAAGGUCCCAGGGCUUGGUCUCCAACUGGAUGCUUCAGAACUGAACCUGCUUUACCGGGAUAGGUACAACACCGAGGUGGUACCAGAUUCAUAUGAACAUCUUCUCCUGGACGUGCUAGAUGGAGAUAGUCAUUUAUUCAUGCGCAGCGAUGAGCUGGCUGCUGCAUGGAACGUGCUGACUCCGAUAAUCCAUGAGAUCGAUCAGAACAGAGUAGCUCCUGAGCUCUACGAGGCUGGGGACAGAGGGCCUAUCAAUGCUUACUAUCUCGCUGCUAAACAUGGCGUGCGAUGGGAUGACGACUGGUGA